AUGCGUGCUGUACCUGGGCAGCGCGAGCGCGUGCUCGCUGUGGUGCGCGCGCUGAAAAUGGCAGGGAUUCGAGUGAGGAACUGGAAGAGCUUCAUACAAACACAGAGUAACUCCACUUAUCCUCAGUCCCAGGAGAACCUCCAGGCCUUCGCUUUUGGACGUGAGCUGCAGUCGCUCCCUCAGCACCAUCCGACCGAGCUGGACGGCACCGUGCCGCUCUUCUUGGUGGAGGUCUGUGAGUAUUUAUCUCAGCACCUGCACACCGAGGGGCUUUUCAGGAAAACCGGCUCGCUGAGCCGCAUCCGUGCUCUGCGGGUAGACCUGGAGCGGGGCGAGCGCGUGUUCUGCCCUCCUCAUGAUGCCUCUCUGCAGCCGUGUGACGUGGCCUCUGUGCUGAAGCAGUUCCUGCGGGAGCUGCCGCAGCCGCUGAUCCCAGCGGACCUGCAGGGCCCGCUGUGCCAGGCUCAGACGCUGGACGCCGAGCGUGACCCUCAGGGGGCACGAGACAGAGCCACACUGCUGCUCACGGCGCUGCUGCCCCCGGCACACGCACGGACUCUCCGAUACCUCUGCACGUUCCUCGGUCAGGUCGCACACAGGUGUGAUGAGAACAGGAUGGAGGUGGGGAAUCUGGCGCUGGUAAUGGCUCCUAACCUGCUGCAGUGUCCAGGACAGCCCGGCAGGCUGACCGUCCACACAGAGAAACAGCUGGACCAGCAAACAGCGGUCAUCAAAGCCCUCAUUGUACACGCUGAUCGCAUAGGAGUUUUGCCUUCUUUUGUUCUGGACUCACUGGGAUCAGUGGACGUGAGUGAGUCCACUCCUCCAGCAGAUGGCGCUGUAUUCAGUAAGAGAGCUGGACUCAGUGUGUACAGGAGUCUGAGGAGACAGAGGAGGAGAAGUGUUGGAGAGAUAUUUGUGGAUGCUUUCUCCAAACUGAAGCCUGCUCGGACGCCCACUGGUCCACCUAUGACCUUAGAAUCCCCGUUAGACCAGCUGCUCUCCGAAAGUCCAACCCCGCAGUCCCCAAGCACAGUGAAGCGUAAAGCGUCUGAGGAAACCACCCUGGAUAUGGAUGGAUCUGCCAAGAAGAGGCGUUCACUACAUGACCUCAGGGUGGACAGCCAGUCAGUCAGCAGCCAUUCUGCAGAUGGUGAGUCAGUUUUAGUCAUGAAGAGCAACAAAGAGGAUCUCCACCCCAACGUCUCAAAGAGGAGGAGUCAAAUAAGAGGACAAAGAAAGUCAUAUCGGCCUCCAAAGCAAGAAGACCGAGUUCAUCGCAGGAGAAGGUCACUCCGCUUCUUCACCAUGUCCAGUAGCAGCAACGGCAGCCCUGCGCUCAAUGUGACGGAGUGUGAUGACCCUGAGCCGUGCCUGAGUGCCUGCAGAAAACUCCAUGAUGAUAAAGCUUCAAACUCAGACAGUGAGGUGUCACUGAAGAUACCUUUUAUUGUGAUAGAUGGGCCAGGAACAGUUAUAAUUGGAAGUGAAGUGGAUGACGAUCCUGACCUUCUGAACUGUAGUUUUGUGGAGGACCCUGAGUCUCCGGAGACUUUCCAUGACCUUCAGAGACAGGACAGUGAGGAACCCGGUGAUGAUGAUGGUGAUGUUGAUGAUGAUGAUCGCUGGGUCUUGCUUGAGGAUGGCAAUACAGAAGUGGUUGUAGAAUACAAGGUAACCCAACCUGUUGACCAAACUGAGACCCAACCUGUUGACCAAACCGAGACCCAACCUGAGGCCGCGAUUGAGAGUCCAAAGCCAGGAGAUGCAGCGCAGAUGGAGGAAAAGGAUGAAUGGCCACCUUUGGAAGAACCCAAACAAACGAAGAGAAGCACCAAGAAGGGCCCUCGACCCCGCAGGUCCAUCAGCAUGCCUGAGGUGGCCUUGGAACCAUGUUCUGAUGAGAUCGAUGAAGCUCUGAAGGAAGCUGGUGUGAAGCAACCUGCGUUUGAUGGUGAUAUUUGGUCAGCAUCUGUAAACGAGCCUCUCUCAUAUGGCCUCAGCAGUGCUGGAGACAGGAAGGUGGGUGACAAAGAGAAGGAAGGGCGAGACGGUACUCUGAGGAGAAAGUACGGAUCAGUCCUGGAUAGAAAAAAGGACAAGAUGACAGAUUCUGACCCGGGGGUCAAGAGGACGCAGCAGCGCCUGUCCGUGGUGGAACGGCUGAGAAGUUUCAGCGCUCUGGCUGCGUUCCUGCGAACCCCGAGGGGUGCUGUGCCUCAGCUCGGCCACCAGAGGUCGACGGUGAAGCUCCGCAGGCAGGGGGCACGCCGCUUCAGCCGAUCCUUCAGCCAUGAGGGCGUUCCAGAGCUUGUUCCUGGAGAAGAUCCUCAGAGCCCUCAGGCUUUUGUGGAACUGAGUGACGCAUAUGCAGAUUGCGAGGAAUCGAGUCCUCACUUGCUUUUGGAUGGACCAGCUGAACAUGUGCAAGGACUGGACGUUUCGCAGAACACACUGAAUCAGGCGUCUUCUGAGGAGGAUCUGACUUUGGUUGGUUCUCCACUGAGGUCCGAGGAGAGCAAACAUCUACAGGUUGUGGAGCCUGAAUUCAUAACUGGGCCUCGGUCAGUGUUGGGGUCAGACAUCAACAGUCAUGAGCCAGAGUUUGACCUGCAUAAACUGUUGGAGCAACAGUGCUGUGUAGCAGACCAAGAAGAGGAUUCUAGUGUGUUUACACGGUCAACACCUGGAGAACCUCAGUUAGAUAUCCACUAUAAUGUAUCUAAUGUAUACCCUCCUUCCCACCAGCAGGGGGAGCCUUUGCUUUCUCCUAUAGACUUGCACUCUUUCAGAGAUUAUACAGACUCGCCUCCCUACAGCAGCUUUGCAGAGCGCUGUAUGAGUCCAGCCUCCAGCUCUCCGUGUAACGACAUCACCUGCCUUUCCUUCGAUGGUCUAAUUUCCAUCGGCGGCGGUAUGAACGAGAAAUGUUCGCUGUCCCUCGAUCUCUCCCCUCCCACCUUUCAGUUCCGACAACAGGGCUCCAGGAGGCGCUAUAGAGACUCGCCCCGCUGGCCCUCACACGAAGUCCGAAUGACCACGUGGAAGCCGUUGCCACUCUGA